CAAGCAACCACAUUGGCUCUUUCUCUCUCCCCGCCUUUACCCUAAAAGGGGCACUCAUUUGCUUCAUAGGCCCUCUCAGUGGCAGUCUUUCUCAGCCUCAAGGCCUCAACUUUAAGAGGGGCAGAGACCCUAUUGUAUUUUUGUUCUUAUAUAUACACCUAUAAACCAUUCUUUCUUCUACAAUUCUUUGGUUAAGAUUCUCUGUUUUAUCAGCUAAAACAUCUAAACAAUUUCAAUAUACAGACAUAGAAAUCAAAGGCUAGUUAUUGUAAACUUCUUGCUUUUGAGAGAGUUAUAAGAGAGAGUUUUUUCUUUUUGUUUCUUUGUGGCUUCUGUAAUGGCAACAAGUUUUGACUCGGCGGUUUCAAGCCUUCUGUGUACAGAGGAUAACAACUGCAUUUUCGAUGAUAUCAAUACCGAUUACAAUGGGGUUGUGGUGGAGGAGUUUGAGGCCUCUUUGUAUAAUGCCGAUCAUCAAACCCGUAGUCAAAACAAGAGGUUUGAUGAUUGGGGAGAUAUAUUCCCGUUGCAGAGUGAUGAAUGUUUGGUUUUGAUGCUCGAAAAGGAAUGCCAGCAUUUGCCAAAUGGCGAUUACUUGAAGAGACUGCAAAUUGGGGAUUUGGACUUAGUGGCUAGAAAAGAGGCUGUCAAUUGGAUUGUUAAGGUUAACGCUCAUUUCGGUUUUGGACCUCUCUGUGCUUAUUUAUCCAUCAACUACUUGGACAGAUUUCUCUCUGCCUAUGAAUUGCCUAAGGGUAAAGCUUGGAUGAUGCAAUUGUUGUCGGUGGCAUGUUUGUCGCUUGCUGCCAAAAUGGAGGAGACUCAAGUUCCAUCAUGUCUUGAUCUACAGGUGGGUGAAUCAAAGUUCUUGUUUGAAGCUAGAACCAUAAAAAGAAUGGAGCUUUUGGUGCUAAGCACCUUGAGGUGGAGAAUGCAAGCAAUUACCCCAUUCUCCUACAUAGACUACUUCAUUCGCAAGAUCAGUGAUGGUGAUCAAAUCCAACUAAGAACUUUAUGCCUGAGUUCAAUCCAACUCAUAAUAAGCACUAUAAAAGGGAUUGAAUUAUUGGAAUUCAAGCCUUCUGAGGUUGCAGCAGCAGUGGCAAUAUAUGUUACGGGGGAAACCAAAACAGUUGAUACAAAGAAAGCAAUUUCUCUUCUCACUCAAUAUGUAAAUAAGGAGAGAAUUGUUGAGUGUGUAAAAAUUGUGCAAGAUUUGUCAUUGAUUAGUGCAGAUGCUUGUGUCCCCCAAAGUCCAAUUGGGGUGCUGGAUGCGGCUUGCUUGAGCUAUAAAAGUGAUGACACAACGGUUGGGUCAUGCCCAAGUUCUUCAAAUAAUACACCAGAUCCCAAAAGGAGGAAGCCAAACAGACCUUGUGAAGUGGAACUAUAAUGAAAAGUGAAGGAAGAUGGACUGUAUUCACAUCAUCAAUAUAUUUUGUUUUUUAUUUAGGACUUUUGUUUUGCUUGUAAAUUGUGAGGGCAGCUCCCAAAAACAAGUCAAAAAACUAAAAUGAAGUCAGAAAUAGGAGACGGAGAAGGGAAAAUGAUAGAAAAUUUUGGGGAAAUAAAAAAGAAAAGAAAAGAAAAGAAAGAGUGAAAAAGGUUGAGUCAAUGGAUGGGGAUGGAGAAUUGGGGGAUGGAGAAUGGUGAUUGGUGAAUGCGAGGAAAUGUCUUUAAGAGUAUAGUCACCAGCUGUUAAAUAUUAGACUUCUUAACAGCUUAGAGACUUACAGUUGGGAGGCGAAAAAUAAAAAAACAAAAAAAUAGAAAGAAAGAAAAGAGAAAAUAGAAAGACAAAAAACAACUUGUUCUUCAUGUGAGAUACAGCUGGUUUUGAUUUAUUCGGUUUAUUAGUUUA